CAGGAAUAGAUCUAUGUAAUAGAUCUAUGUACAUAGUUAAGUACUAGGUACUUUUCUCUCCUCUUAACACCGCCAGCAUUACCUCAACUCUACGAGGAUGCUCAAGUUGGACACAUGUUAAGAUGGCUUCUUCUGUCCAACUACAUCCAAGGAACCUCAACCCUGGAGCUACUGUCUCAAAUCCCCUUCCUCAAUUGAUUCAAACACCUGCUGGCUUGGCACUCCUCGAGCUUCAAGGCAGUAUCAACUUCCCUGAGACUGGGGACAAUGAUGAGGGGAAUCCUAAGGAAAUCGAUAUUGGGCAUCUUACAUUUCCGGAGUACAACUUUAAUACACCAGAUCCUUCCAAUACUUCCUGGAUGAAUCGAAUUCAUCUCUACGUGGGUGAACAUCAGAGACUCACAGGAGAAGUCAAGAAAUUACCCAAGGCUAUGGCUAUCAUCAGAAAGCGGGCUAAGCCUGACGAAGACAUCGACAUGGCUGACGAUCAAUCUAAAGUUACGAUAGAGGAUCUAGAGAUCGUCGAAAUCGUUAAAUAUAAGCUCGUGUUUUCUUCCCGCCCAGAGCCCGUGACAACUGUCUGAGAACGUGUCAGCGCUUCUUGAGAAACAACCUCCAUUGAUGGUCUCUACACGGAAAAUAUAUUGAAUUCCGAGCUUCGGCCAUGGAUGACCCCAGCAGUUAGGUGUAUGCCCUGUAUGGUUACCAGACGUCUUGACUGUGAAGCUUGAGAUGCUCAUGAGCAUGAAGCUGUGCUUAAACACUCAGGAGUGGAUCUUCAUGGGUUACUGAGGAUCUCUGCUGCUCACUGGAAGAGGGGCACAGUUGAUUUGAGAGAAGGCCAAAGGUAUUGUGCCCAUCUAUGCUUCAUAGGAACUCUAUUGUCAUGUGCCAACAUGAUUCUACGAGGCUACCACCCUGGUAAAUCGCGGAGGGAAGAACAUUCUUCUGAUAAUCCAUUCCACAGUAUCAGAGAUUUGUCAACGAUAGGAGGAGAUGAAGGGAUUUUAUUACGACAGGAUAAAUAUACCCGAUUGUUCAAAAGACAUAUCACAGCUUAUGACUUCUCGGCGUGUUUGCCCCCCCUAUUAGGCAUAUAAAACAAGCCUGUCUGUUACAUCUAGCAAUUCUUCUGAUACCUAUGAUUGGUUCAUAUCCGUACCUUUGAGAGGGAAAUAUUGAUAGUGUAAUGAACUUUUGAGUAUGUUGAGUCAGGCACGUUAGCUGUCUGAGGACAAUUGAUAAACUUGCGACUUUGACGUAUAAUAAAUCAUCACAAUAGUACUUAAGUCUGGA